AUACUGACGUAGACGUGUCAUUUUUUGAUGAAACGUGUCUGCUUCUAACGCAAGUUCUGCAUGCCACUCUAGUCUACCACCCAACAAAAAUCCAUUGGCAUUUUGCUGUAACGCCAAGAUCAUCGUAAAUCCUCACGAAUUCUGUACCAGAGUAGAUUUUCGCCGUUUAUUUUCCGGCAGAUUCUUAAAUUCGAGACUGGGAGUGAUACUUUCUGGAGCAAAUUUUCUUGGCGCCCCCAGUGGCGAGUAUAUUCUCUCAUUUUAUCAGAGAAUAUAAGGAAAUUGCCAUAGAAGAUGCAUGUGGGAUGGACUCACCCUACUUGUUUCUCUAUCAAAACACAUAUAAAGAUCUUCACCUGCCAGCUUUCAUUAUUGCAGGGUGCUUUAGUUUUGCAGCAAUAUUCCUUUCUCUUUUCCUAACUUUCCAGCAUCUCAGAUCAUACACCAAUCCUUCGGAGCAGAAAUGGAUUGUUGCUGUUCUUUUUAUGGUUCCAGUCUAUGCAACCGAGUCAAUCUUAUCCUUGUGGAACGCAAAGUUGUCGCUUGUUUGCGACAUAUUGAGAAAUUGCUACGAAGCAUUUGCGCUGUAUGCAUUCGGAAGCUACCUGAUUGCAUGCCUUGGUGGUGAACGGCAAGUCAUAGACUUGCUUGAAGAUGAGGCAAGGAAGCAAAUCAGCAAGCCAUUGCUAGAAGAGAAAGAGGAUCCUCAGUCAGAACAGAAAACAUUUCGCAACUUCAUCCUCAGACCAUGUGUGCUCGGAGAGCACUUAUUCACAAUAAUUAAAUUUGGUCUAGUACAAUACAUGAUUAUGAAGACUCUUUGUGCAUUCUUAGCAUUCAUUCUCGAGCUAUUUGGAGUGUAUGGUGAUGGAAGUUUUAAGUGGUAUUACGGGUACCCAUAUAUAACAAUAGUUUUGAAUUUCAGCCAGAUGUGGGCUCUGUAUUGCCUCAUUCAAUUUUACAACGUAACUCAUCGAAGACUUGAACCAAUAAAACCACUUGCGAAGUUUAUUAGCUUUAAGGCUAUUGUGUUUGCAACAUGGUGGCAAGGUGUGGGUAUUGUUUUGUUGUGUACUUUCAGAGUUCUGCCAAAAGAAGGAAAAUUUCAAACUGGACUGCAGGAUUUCCUCAUCUGCAUAGAGAUGGCAAUCGCAGCAGUUGCUCACAUUUUUGUCUUCUCGGCAAAACCGUAUCAUUUCAUACCAGCGUACCACUAUGGAAAGAUUACGACCCAAGAGACGAAGGCUAUGGUUAAGAUAGAAGAAGGCGAUAAAGAAAAGCCAGCACUUCUUGAAAAGAGAGAAACCAUCAUCGAGGCACCUGGAACUAGUGUUAAAGAAAGUGUUCAGGAUAUCGUUGUUGAAGGAGGCCAGAAGGUCAUGGAGGAUGUCGUGUUGACUAUAAACCAAGCAAUCGAACCAGUACAUGAGGGCAUGACGAAGAUCCAAGAAACCUUCCACCAUAUGUCUGUGUCCAGUGAUAGCAAAGACAAGCCGGAAGUGAAGGUUGAAGAAGUCGAACAAAAUAUCACUAUCAAACCCGAGGUUUGAGUAUCUCUAGACAUGAAAGAUGUUACUUGAAAUGUUGGCUGAUGAUAUCUCGUUCUCCAUUGCUGUCUGAAGAGGUAAUCUUGAGACAGUGGAUGGUAGUGUCAUAUACUUUUGUGGUUCCAACUAUGUAAAUUUCUGAUGGUACUAGGCUGAGUUUUUGCAUUGGG